AAGCUGGCAAGCACGAAAUUAUUGUUGAGUAUAUUAUGACAGGAAAAAUCAAUACUGAUCCUCAAUUAAACGCGGCCUUGGACUAUUUUAAAACUGAGGAUCAAAGCUCUGGAUUUAACUUUGAAAGUUUUGAUUAUAAGGUGGGAGUAGGAGUUAACGUAACUAAAGAAGAGAUUUUGGAAAGCGUACAGAAGCAUUUUAAGAAUGAGUUAGAAACUAUUAUAGAACAGCGCUACUUUUUUAACUUUGCUAAAGUUAUAUCAAAAGUUGCUAAUGAUCUUAAAUGGGCCGACCGAAAAGCCAUAGUGGAGUGUGUCGACUUGGAAAAACUGAAGCUUUUGGGCCCCAAAACGGAAUCUAACAGUCUUUUACAAGCUGAAGGCAGAAACAAAGAGUCAAAACGUAAGACCACUGUAUCGUCCACCCCGAACAGUUCUGAGCCUGGAAGUUUUAUAUGGUCAGUUUUAUCCAAACUCCAUAAAGUUGGAGAGAACUACAAUGCGGACGGCUACGUCAUCACUCCGAACACCACGCGACUUCUUAGAGAGCAUGUGAAAGCUUGUGAAGGGAAGUAUCGGACUCGCUUCCCCCCAGAACCUAACGGAAUUUUACACAUCGGGCACGCAAAAGCGAUGAAUUUAAAUUUUGGAAUCGCUAAGCUUAAAGGAGGUCAUUGUAUUUUGCGCUACGAUGACACCAACCCGGAAGCUGAAGACGUCCGCUUUUUUACUGAAAUCUUAAACAUGGUAGAAUGGUUAGGACAUGAGCCUUGGAAAGUCUCGCACACUUCUGACUAUUUUCAUGAGUUAUAUGACUUCGCUAAAGAGCUAACUCGUCGUGGCCUGGCUUACGUCGAUCAUCAAACUGCUGAGGAAAUAUUUGAAGAAAGAGGAGGAGAAAAUAAAGGGCCGCGAAGGGAAAGCCCAUACAGAAAUAGACCCAUUGAUGAGAACUUGCGUCUUCUGGAAGAAAUGCGGAAGGGUUUGUGGGAUGAAGGCUCCGCAUGUUUGAGGAUGAAACAGGAUAUGAGGGAUGGCAACCCUCAAAUGUGGGACCUUGUGGCCUACCGGGUAAAGUUUGUCCCUCACCCUCGCACAGGCAGUGAGUGGUGCAUUUAUCCCUCUUACGACUUUGCGCAUUGUCUGGUGGACUCUUUGGAAAAUAUCACCCAUUCUUUGUGCACGGCGGAGUUCCAACAGAGCCGCAUUUCUUAUUACUGGCUUUGUAACGCAUUGGAUGUUUACUGUCCCGUUCAGUGGGAGUUUAGCCGAUUGGAAAUAGCUAAUGCUGUCCUUUCGAAAAGAAAAAUUCUGAAACUAAUUGAGAAAGCCAUUGUCACGGGCUGGAGCGACCCGCGUCUGCAUACGCUUCCCGCUUUGAAGAGACGCGGCUACCCGCCUGAGGCCAUCAAUGAUUUUUGUGAAAGAGUCGGGGUCACUACGGCCACCAGCACAGUAGACAACUCUCUACUUGAGGCAUGUGUGAGAAAUUACCUUAACGAACACGCUCCUCGCACGAUGGCCGUCUUAAAUCCCUUGAAAGUCACUCUUAUUAAUUAUUCUCAAGGCGUUAUUGAAGUAGAGGCUCCCGACUUCCCGACUCGAGCAAAUACAACUAAACAUAAGUUACGGUUUGAUGGAGUCUUCUAUAUCGAACGCGAUGAUUUUCGUGAAAAGCUAGAGAAAGACUACAAGCGGCUAACUUUGGAGCAACCAGUUGGUCUUUCUCAUAUUGGAUAUGUCAUUACCGUCGCUGAUAUUAUUCGAGACCCGGAAGGCAAUAUUCUGGAGUUGAAAGUUACCUACUCCCCGCGAGAAAGCACCGUCCGCAAAGUGAAAGCCUUUAUCCAUUGGGUCUCUGACCCUGCUGAGGCCGAAGUGCGAUGGUAUUAUCCUUUACUAAAGGAAAGAAAAGGCGAGAAAACAACCGAUUUCUUAGAUCUUGUUAAUCCAAAUUCCUUAAAGAUCUAUCCGGAAGCCUUAAUCGAUAAAGGAAUUAUGAACGCUUCAGUUGGCGAACGUUUUCAAUUUGAACGAAUCGGCUAUUUUAGUGUUGAUGCUGACAGUAGUUCUUCGCGUCUCGUUUUUAACUUGACUGUUACUUUGCGCGAAGACAAAGGCAAAAAAUAUAACAAGAAUCUUUAAUUUGCGCUGAAAUU